AUGAGCGGCUACAGCUGCGAGGAGCGCGCCACGCCCUUCUCCCUAGAGUACCGAGUCUUUCUCAAAAAUGAAAAAGGACAAUAUAUAUCUCCAUUUCAUCAUAUUCCAGUUUAUUCAGAUAAGGAUGUGUUCCACAUGGUGGUUAAAGUGCCACGUUGGUCUAAUACAAAAAUGGAGAUUGCUACAAAGGAUCCUUUAAACCCAAUUAAACAAGAUGUGAAAAAAGGAAAACUCCACUAUGUUGCAAAUUUGUUUCCUUAUAAAGGAUACAUCUGGAACUAUGGUGCCAUUCCUCAGACUUGGGAAGACCCAGGACACAGUGACAAGCAUACUGGCUGUUGUGGCGACAAUGACCCGAUUGAUGUGUGUGAAAUUGGAAGCAAGGUUUGUUCAAGAGGUGAAAUAAUUGGGGUGAAACUUCUGGGCAUACUGGCCAUGACUGACGAAGGGGAAACUGACUGGAAAGUCACUGCCAUUCAUGUGGAGGACCCUGAUGCCGCGAAUUAUAAUGACAUUAAUGACAUGAAACGCCUGAAACCUGGCUACCUAGAAGCUACUGUGGACUGGUUUAGAAGGUACAAGGUUCUUGAUGCAAAACCAGAAAAUGAGUUUGCUUUCAAUGCAGAAUUGAAAGAUAAGGACUUUGCUGUUGAUAUUAUUAAAAGUACUCAUGACUAUUGGAAAGCAUUGGUGACUAAGAAAACAGAUGGAAAAGGAAUCAGUUGCAUGAAUAUAACAGUGGCUGAGAGCCCCUUCAAAUGUGAUCCUGAUGCUGCCAAACCCAUGGUGGAUGCUUUACCACCACUGUGCGAGUCUGCCUGCGCAGUACCAAUUGAUGUGGAUAAGUGGUUCCAUAACCAGAGAAACUAA